CAGAGUUCCAAGCCAAUUACGCACAAUGUGGAAGCAUCACACAAGUGCUGGAGUAAGACUUGCGGCGUUGCAGGGGUUCCUCUCAGGGAUGCGUCCUCUCUGCGCCCCUGGACACUCGGGAGACAUGCAGAGGCGAGCGACCCGCGCCCGUUUCCACGCCGCUUUACGAGACUGAGGUUCGAUUCCUGUGAUGGGGACCAUCACAUGGAGCUUCGCUGCCGUGAUCCUGCUGCCGUUCCUCGGGUCCUGUCGUGCCGUCACUCUGGAGUCCGUUCACUGGAGCAGCUCAAACUCAAAAUUCACUGCAGGGCAAGGCCUGGUGCUCUACCCUCAGAUCGGAGACAAGAUGGACAUUGUGUGUCCCCGAGUGGACCCCUCCAAAGGUGGGAGGGAGGAGUUCUACCGGGUGUACCUGGUCACCCGGAGCCAGAUGGAGAGCUGCACCAUUGACAAGGCGGACACCCCGCUUCUCAACUGUGACAAGCCUGGGCAGGAUGUGAAGUUCACGUUCAAGUUCCAGGAGUUCAGCCCGAACCUCUGGGGUUUGGAGUUCCUGAAGGGGAGGGACUAUUACAUCACCUCCACCUCCACUGGCUCCCUCCAGAGUCUGGACAGCACCGAGGGAGGGGUGUGUCGGACCAAAUCCAUGAAGCUGCUGCUCAGAGUUGGCCAGAGUCCAUCUGACCCUGAUGCAACACUCAAAGAGUCUCCAACCAGAUUUCCGCCCACACGAAAAAAGCCCAAAGUCAACAAGCUUCCUUCAGCUAAUGAAGAGGGUGCGAAGAGCAAAACUGACGCAGCGUCAGAAACAGGACAAAACAACCCCAGUGGCAGUGGUGGCUCAGCGCCACGGCUCUUUAUAUGGGUUGUCGCCGGUUGUGCGAUCUUGCUCCUGAUCAUCGUGGCGGUGGUCCUCAUACUGUGGAAGUGCCGUCGUCGCCACUGCAUCCCAGACCACCAGCAGUCCACCUCUGUGUCCCUCAGCACUCUGGCUGUACCGAAAAGAGACAGCAUCAGCAGCGACAACAACGGCUCUGACCGCAGCGACGUGGUCUUCCCGCUGCGGCCCUCGGAGAGCAUGAUCUGUCGCCACUUUGAGCGUGUGAGCGGCGACUACGGCCCUCCGGUGUACAUAGUGCAAGAGAUCACACCCCAGACUCCGACCAACAUCUACUACAAGGUGUGAUGCCACCACCAAUCAGGAGGGGGAAAGAACAAUGGCACAAAUGUCUCUUCAUGCUUCUGUUGCUUUCAAAGUUUUGUUUCAGGCACAUUGGCAAAGAAUUUGUUGUUUCUAUUACUUUGAAUUUUUACUCUGUGAUGGAAUAACAUUCUCAACGUGUUGAUAGGAAAGUCACAUCGUAAUGUUGGCUGCGUGCCGAAAGACCGAUUUAGUUUAAAGGUGUGUAAAUUAAAAUGUACUGUGAUCAAAAGGGAAAGACUCACUCAUUAAUUCCAGUCGUGUAUGCAUUGAUACACGCUGUAUUAUCUAUAUUUGUGGCUCAUUUUUGGUGCCUCCCUUUCCUCUAAUGGAGAGGAAGCAUCAUGCCUACCAAGACUAAAACCACUGCUACUAAGAUCCAUUGAUGGCUUUGGUUGUGUGAUCACAUUUCAUCUGAAGAAAGAAGCUCACACUGAUCAGCUGCAUUCGCACCAUUGAUAUUUAAGUCCCAUUAUGCACUGCAACAGCCACAACACAUGUUGAGUUCAGGUUAAACAUGGUCAAAUGAGUUCAGAUCAUUUGAUAUGGUUCAAAUUUGUUUUUUCCUUUUUAGUCUACUUCGAAAAAAAAAGAUCUCUUUUGUGACUCUCUGAAGGUUCAACUCCCACAUGUUUCAAGAUUGUUUGGCAAUAUGUGAUAACAAUUCAAUGUCAGUGCAGUCAGAGGCUGAUAUCAGCAGAAUUCUACGAACUAAUUGAACAGUUUUUAGCUUUUCUUUUCAUGUUAAAUGGUGAAAAGCACUUUUUCUCACUCAUAUCUGAAGAACGUUUGACUCAAAUCAUCCUGCUCCAACGGCACCAAAAUUUAAAUGAAUUGUUUGAUCAGUUUCACUACUUAUACGUGUGUGUGUUCAGUGUAUGUGCGCCCAAGCUUUUCUUAUGGGGCCCUAAAUGAAAAAAAGACAAGCUGUGCUCUCUAUUCUCAAGAAAGGCUUUUCAUGAAUUGUGAUUCUUUUCAGAAGAGUUGGUCCAUCUGUUUGAAUUAUUUUUCAGCUGAUUUAAAUACUUUCAUGUAUCCAAUACAGUAACAUAUAAUUCUGUUGCUCAGGACAUACUCUCUAUUGAUCUAUUCUGCUGAUCAAUAAGUGCAAAACCAAACACAUGUGCUUGUUUUGAAUGGAAAUCAAAAGCACUUAAAUGUUUUUACUGCUGACACUUGUGUGAUGUUUUUAAGAUACUUAAAGGAAGUAGCGUUUUGUCUCAUUUUAAAGCUUAAAAAAAAUAAACUGUA